AUAGAUAUUAGAAUAGACUUAUCAAAGGUACAAAUUCCACUUCUCGUUAUGUUUUAGUAAUUUACAGAAAUAUCAAUUUUUUGUGCCUUGUGGACAAUAAUCGUAUUUUAAUAUUGUUGCCUGUUGGACGGUAGUUCAUCAGCAACAAUAACUAUAAUGAAUUUCCAAUUCUUUCACACUAAUAACAUUAAACGUUUUCUAAAAUGAAAACCAGUUAUAAGUACUAUGUUAAUAGUUUAAACUAUAACCCAUACGAACUACUAAUAUUAUACAUCUAAGGACGUUUUCAUUUCCUGUUGGUGUUCUAUUCAUAGAUACUAUAGGUAAAUUUCUACUUCACUAAUAAAAUUAUUAUAUCAACUCCUAUAAUAUAGUUUGUUAUCGCCAUUGAUGUUCCCAGCUAAGUACCAUAAUCAUUAUUGUUGGCGAUUAUUGACGUUUAGUCCACAUCUAUUAAAUAAUAACAGAUUCGCAUCAAAGCAAAAAACUCUGACUUGUUCAUGUAUUACUAUUGACCGGCCAGUAAAAUCAUAAUCAUCUGUUUCUUACUUAAAAGUGCGAAGUUCAAAAAAUGUCGGUGUCUAGCAGCAAAACCAGCAGCCCAAAUGAAUCGGUUCCAAAGCCAUCGUUAAAAGCUGUAAUGAAAUACACAUUUAAAACAUUUAGUAUGGCAAACAAAGUGUUUUGUGUUUUUUGUAAUCGAGUGCUUGACAAUAAGACUCAAGUAUUAAAAAAACAUUUUACUGUGUGUACGCCACUAUUGUUUCAACCGAGUCCAAAUACUGAGUACACGUGCGGACCGUGUUCGAUAUCUACAAAAAGCUUUAAGCACUGGAUGUACUUUCAUAUAGGGACGAAAUCACACUGGGAGCAAUGCAGAGCAGUAAACAAACCGCUCUAUACUUAUAUGUGCUCUUCGUGUGAAAUGAUGUUCUACGAUACAGAACGGUCUAUAAGGAACCACAUGCUCGACAUACACGAGCACAAAGCAAAUUUGCCAUAUGUAUGCCAAUUUAUGGCCGAAGUACAUUGUAAGUCGACCACCAGCGGCGCCAAACCCGGGAAACCGCUGCUCUAUUUAUGUGGCCCGUGUAAAGAGUUUGGCCAGGAACCUAUACAUCCGGAAUUGACGUGUACAAAGGUUAAAAAGAAAUCGGAGCCGUUUUACUGCAAGACUUGUGCUGCCAAUUUCAUUUGCACUGAAGAUGUAUACUUGUGGCAUCUGUCUUCCGUCGAACAUUUGGUACUGCUCAAGGAGACCGAAAUCAGCAGCAACGGGUGGAAGGUACCCCGUAUCGUGUGGUCACAGUUUUCCAGCUCAACGUUGAACAAACAUCAAGUUGCCAAUUGCGUCAAGUGCAAGCAAGACGUACCCUCCACUGACGUUGGUCUCGUGGACCACUUCAAGAAGUGCACCCACCAUAAACCAGACAUGACCGGCAAGAACAUGUCUGGUGUCAAGCUGUUUUGCUGCGGUGUUUGCGAAUUCCACAUGGAUAACUUCAACCAGUGGAAAAAUCACGUGUUGUCAGAAUCCCACCUAUCCACGGCUAACAGUGUUCGCAAUUACAGUUAUUACUAUUGCAAGUUGUGCUUUUGCUUGUUUUACGGUACUGCCAAGCAAGUGCUGGAUGCGAGCAAACUGUUGGAGCAUGACGACAACACUAAUCACGUAAUUCUCACGUUUGGACUGUCCGACCUGAUGGCUUUUGUUUACAAAACGUUCAACAUGGAUCCGUUCAACAAUACUGUGUUCUUCUAUAUGGAAAAUACAGGUAAAUUUGGCCAGUGCGAGCGUAGUCAAAAACCCGACACAGUGCCACACUUUUGUGCCACUUGCCACAUUGAAUUUUAUAGCGGACCGAAUGUCUACAACGAGCACGCGGUCACCGGUGAACACGUUCUGCUGAAGUAUUUUGUUUUGCUUAAGCCGAUCCCUCCCAAACCGCUUGAGGCAAUCCCGCCUAAAGUCGACGAAGACGACGCAUAUGGGCAAUCGGUCACGCUCCGGCUUAAGGCCAUCAAAAACGACGCAGCCAAGAAAAACUUGAAAAUAGCCAUCGACACUCUGUUCAAUUUACAAUUAAAGUAAUGCGUUUUCAUCAUAUAAAAAGAAUUUUUGAAAACAUUUUUAUAACUGAAUCCAUACAUCCUUAAACGUUUUCAUAGUGUGUUUAGAAACCAAAUUCUACAUUAUUCUUUAUAAAUAUUCCUUAGAUGAUAGUUGUUGAACUUUUUUUUAUUGUUAACAUUUUUUAAAGUAUUAAACCUAUUCCUUUUAUUAUUAUGAAUAUAGUUGAUACAAUCGAAAAUGUGAUGUAACCUUCAUAUAGUGAAAAGAUCAUCACGAAAAAUAAAUAUAAAUAUUUUACGUA